CUCUCUCUCUCUCCACACCCUCAUUCCCAAACCCCAGUUGUCUGAUCCACUUCCAACCACCAUUCUCUCCAUGACCACCACGGCGGCCUCCACCAUGGAACCAAGCGCGGAAGAUCUAACCGAUGAUCUUGAUAAUCUUAGUUUCACUUCCACCACCACUGCUGUUGAGACAAGACACAGCACAAGUUCAGGGUCCGAAACCACAUGGACUACCUCAACCUCGAGCCUCAUGUCAAACUCCUGCAAGCCCCAUCAUCCACCCCAAUGUGAUGAGUGCUGGCAUGCAAUUCAACGUGAAAACUGCGGUAACUCACCCUUAACCCUAGCUGAUUUACGCUUUGUCCACAAAUUAGGAAGUGGUGACAUAGGGAGUGUGUAUCUUGUAGUGCUCAAGGAAGGCAAUGAGUGUCUUUUUGCUGCCAAAGUCAUGGACAAAAAAGAAAUGGCUACUAGGAACAAAGACAGUAGGGCUAGAAUCGAGAGGGAGAUAUUGGAAAUGUUGGAGCACCCAUUUUUGCCUCCAUUGUAUGCCACACUGGACUCACCUAGGUGGUCCUGUUUGCUAACGGAGUUUUGUCCUGGUGGUGACCUCCAUGUCCUCCGGCAAAGGCAGCCGGAUAGACGUUUCGAUGAAGCUGCCGCCCGGUUUUAUGCAUCAGAAGUUGUGGCUGCGCUUGAAUACCUACACAUGAUGGGAAUCGUCUAUCGUGAUCUCAAGCCUGAAAAUGUUCUUAUAAGAUCAGACGGUCACAUAAUGCUUACAGAUUUUGAUCUCUCCUUAAAAGAUGACAACUCAACAUCAACCGCUCAGAUUAUUUCUGAUCAAAACCCAUCAAUCACAUCAUCGACAAGUGAUUACCCCUCUGAUACAUCUCAGUUUGCCACAUCAUCGUGCAUUCUGCCCAAUUGCAUUGUGCCAGCUGUCUCUUGCCUCCAGCCAAGUAGAAAACGCAAGAAGAAAUUCAAUCAACGGGGGACCCUCGAGAUUGUAGCGGAGCCAAUAGACGUCCGGUCCAUGUCAUUCGUUGGGACCCACGAGUACCUGGCACCUGAGAUUGUAUCCGGCGAGGGACACGGCAGUGCCGUGGAUUGGUGGACCUUAGGCAUAUUCAUAUUUGAAAUGUUCUAUGGUGUCACGCCGUUUAAAGGGACGGACCACGAGUUAACCCUGGCUAAUGUCGUGGCUCGAGCCCUUGAGUUCCCCAAGGAACCAUCGGUCCCAGUCUUCGCCAAGGAUUUGAUCACACAACUUCUCAUCAAGGAUCCUACAAGACGACUGGGCUCUACAAUGGGAGCUACUGCGAUUAAGCAUCAUCAAUUUUUUGAAGAGAUAAAUUGGGCAUUGUUAAGGUGUAAAACUCCACCUUAUAUCCCUCAGCCAUUCACUUAUAAAAACUUCAUUGCCACCAAUCAUGGGAGCAAUUCUAUAGAACAUUAUUAGUAAGAGGAUAUUUUAUUUUAUUUUAUUUUCAUUUUUAUUAGGGGAGAAAAGAUGUGAAGAAGGAGCCGAAUUUGAUUAAAUGGAAAUAUAUUUCAGGUCUCCUAGAAA